CGCAACCCCGCUUUCCGCUCAGCGGUCGCGUUGCUGAGCGUCCGUGUGGACCGUGCGGCUGCGGUUCUGGAGGAGGAUCGAGGGUGCAGGCCGGUGGGGAGAGUUUUUUCAGUGUGUCCUGGGACUUUUGGUCUUGGAGACAUUCAUCACCCUCAUUUGACUCGGCUGUGAAUCUCAGUUUCUGGCUCCUGCUUGGGCCCCCAGUGCUUUCUUUCUGGCUGACUUCCUAAGAAGAGUGACAACGGAACAUGCAUCUAGAGAACAAAGGUCGGCUGACCUCUGGUGUGCUGGAGAUGGAGCUACAUCAGACAUCUGCUCCCAUGUGUGCUGGUUUAGGAAGAUCAGAGCCAGCAGAAUCAGCCACCAGCAAAUGUGGGCUCCAGCCGAGAGUGAACAGGGCAGAGCCGUCAACCUCCUACCCCAGCAGGGCAGCUGGGCAGAGCCGCUGGGCUUCUGUGGACCGGGACUUUAAUUCAUUCCUCACAGAGCAGAGGCCUCACUCUUCUUUACUUCAGUUCUUCAACUCCAGGUCAAAAGACCUCUACUUUACAGAAAAUACCCCUUUGCUGAGAAGUUCCUCAAAAGAGAAAGGGUCAUGGUGCAUGCCUGUUUGCCAUCCAGAGUUCAUCACUGCUGAAGAAUCCUGGGGAAACAGCUCAGCUGAGUGGGAGGGAGGAUCCCUGCUGAGCAACGACUUGGCUGGUUCCUUUGGAUCUUCCUCCCAAGAGAAGUGGGAGCUUCUGGAUAAUGCUUACAUCAGAUUCCGUCUUUUGAAGCUGAGGUGCUGCAUACGGUGGCUGAAAGUUGCAAGCCUGUUUGUCUUUGUGGUGGUGUGCUCUAUUUUAUUCAGCCUGUAUCCAGAUCAAGGAAAGUUCUGGCAAUUGUUGGCUCUGUCACCACUGCAAAGCUACUCUUCAAACCUCACCAGCCACAUGGACUCCACACUGCUCCAGGUGGACCUGGCAGGGGCGCUGGUGGUGGCUGGUGGCCCAAGUUACACCAGCAGAGAAGAACAUGUCGUGGUGGAAGUGACCCAGGCUGAUGUUCCAGGCUCCAGGCGGCGGCGGCCACAGCAGGUCACUCAGAAUUGGACAGUAUUUUUAAAUCCAAGAAGAAGUGAGCGCUUGGUGGUGAGCAGGACCUUUGAGAUGCUGAGCAGAGAUACUGUUUCUAUCAGCAUUCGAGCCUCCCUCCAGCAGACACAGGCAGUUCCUCUUUUGAUGGCUCAUCAUUACCUCCGUGCAAACAUAGAAACACAAGUGACUAUUGCUGUGGUCAUCCUUGCUGGGGUCUACAUGCUGAUUAUAUUUGAGAUUGUUCACAGAACACUGGCAGCCAUGUUGGGUUCCCUUGCAGCAUUAGCAGCGCUGGCUGUGAUUGGAGAUAGACCCAGCCUGACCCAUGUGGUGGAGUGGAUUGAUUUUGAGACGUUGGCCCUACUAUUUGGCAUGAUGAUCUUAGUUGCUAUAUUUUCGGAAACUGGAUUUUUUGAUUAUUGUGCUGUAAAGACAUACCGACUAUCUCGAGGAAGAGUGUGGGCCAUGAUCAUCAUGUUGUGUCUCAUUGCUGCUGUCCUGUCUGCCUUCCUGGACAAUGUGACCACAUUGCUGCUUUUUACUCCUGUGACCAUAAGAUUAUGUGAGGUGCUCAACCUUGAUCCAAGACAAGUCCUAAUUGCAGAAGUGAUCUUCACAAAUAUCGGAGGAGCUGCCACUGCCAUAGGGGACCCACCAAAUGUCAUUAUUGUUUCCAACCAGGAGUUGAGGAAGAUGGGCCUGGACUUCGCAGGAUUUACUGCACACAUGUUCGUUGGGAUUUGCUUCAUUCUCCUAUUCUCCUUCCCACUCCUUAGACUCCUUUUCUGGAACAAAAAGCUUUAUAACAAGGAACCCAGUGAGAUUGUUGAACUGAAGCAUGAGAUCCAUGUCUGGCGCCUGACCGCACAGCGCAUCAGCCCAGCCAGCCGAGAGGAGACAGCGGUUCGGGGCCUGCUCCUGGGGAAGGUGCAGGCACUGGAGCACCUGCUGGCCCGAAGGCUGCACACCUUCCACAGACAAAUCUCACAGGAAGAUAAAAAUUGGGAGACCAAUAUCCAGGAACUACAAAAAAAGCACAGGAUAUCAGACAAGAUUCUGCUCACCAAAUGCCUGAUGGUGUUGGGAUUUGUUAUCUUCAUGUUCUUUCUCAAUUCAUUUGUCCCUGGUGUUCAUCUUGAUCUUGGAUGGAUUGCUAUUCUGGGUGCCAUCUGGUUGCUAAUUUUAGCUGAUAUUCAUGAUUUUGAGAUAAUUCUACACCGAGUGGAAUGGGCAACUCUUCUAUUCUUUGCAGCACUCUUUGUUCUGAUGGAGGCACUGGCACAUCUCCACUUAAUAGAAUAUGUCGGAGAACAGACUGCUUUGCUGAUAAAGACGGUCCCAGAGGAUCGGCGCCUCGCAACUGCCAUCAUCCUGGUGGUCUGGGUGUCAGCCAUUGCAUCGUCCUUGAUUGACAACAUCCCAUUCACUGCCACCAUGAUUCCUGUGCUCCUGAACCUCAUCCAAGACCCUGAGGUCAGCCUGCCUGCACCACCGCUCAUAUAUGCCCUGGCCCUUGGAGCCUGCCUGGGAGGGAAUGGGACACUGAUUGGAGCAUCAGCAAAUGUUGUUUGUGCAGGAAUUGCAGAGCAGCAUGGAUAUGGAUUCUCUUUCAUGGAAUUUUUCAGGUUGGGCUUCCCAAUGAUGGUCGUCUCCUGCACAGUUGGGAUGUGUUACCUCCUUUUUGCUCAUGUUGUGAUGGGAUGGAAUUAACAGAUUACAUCGUUUGAAGACUAGGGGAAACUUGACCCAUCACCAACAUCAAUAGAAAACUGCCCCAAGACCACUUUUGGGAGAAGGAAAGGUGUUUACCAUGAGCGUGCUUUGCAGUGGAGAUCUUUGGCAUCCACACCCAUUCAGAUGAAUGCUGGAAAAUCAUGGGACAUACAAAAUAACUUACUAAAGACUCCACUAUAGGAAAAUAUGUAUAUUUCAAAACACAUCUUGCUAUGCUCUGUAAGAAAAGACACAGUGCAGUAGUCUACCUAAAUGGCUUGUGCUGUUUAACUGUCAGUUUCCUAGGCCUUCUAGAAUUUUUUCAUGUAAUCACUUUUCAUGUUAAAAUAAUCAGCAUUCAGAUUGUAUACUCUCCAAUACACAUUCUUCCUGGGAAAAGGAAGAGAAUUUUUAAAGAAACAUUUUAUGUAUCAAAGAAAAUAAACCGUCUUGACAAAAGG